UACAUAGAAGCAACACCAACUGAUCAUCACCGUUUAAAGUGCACUGAUUAAUGUGCACUGCAGCCAUGGUUUUUAGAAUCAGAUUGGUGAGAUUCUGAGAGGAGCUCUAGCUGCUGCUGAUGCUGGGAGCGCGUGUCACAUCUGGAGAGAACAGAGUCAAUCUGCCGGGGGUGCCUUGGUCUGCAAUGUAAAGAUAAGAAAUGGCAGAGAUAGGAGAAAAUGAGGCGAGAGGAAGAGAAGGAGCAGAUGGAGGAGGUGGAAUGGGAGGUGUAAGGCCACCCCAUGACCCCCAGAGCCCGGCCCGCUGUCCGUCUCCUGCUCCCCCAGUCAGGGCCCACCAUGGCGGGCUCAGGAGAGGGAUCGUGAUCCAGCUAACAGGCACAGAGGGUGAGUGGGACAGUCUGGAUGACAACGAGCUCAUCUUCCCCCUGGAACACGACUAUGUCGACCAGACCCCUUACAUCUCCCUCUCCAAGGAGAGACAGAACUCCACAGAGGAGGAGAACCAACACUGCCUGUACUCCCCAGCCUUCCACGUACCCCUCUCCCCCUCUUCCCCUGGGUCCCUGGAGGACUCCUCCAUCUUAGCCCCUAGCUUCCUCUCCCCCGGCCCAGCCACCCCCACCCACCAGCCCCUGGCCAGCCUGGUGAAAUCCCUGUCCACAGAGCUGGAGCUCCCUCAGGGCUCAUCCCUUAGACCCCGGCCCUUCCUCAGCCUGGUCAAGUCCAUCUCUACUGAGAUCUCCCGCUCAGAGCCAGAGGUGUCCCAGUCCAAGUCUGACUCCCGCCUCUACCUCCACCUGCAGUGGAAGAACCUAACUCAGCCUAAGGGAAGGAGUAACGGAGAUUCCCGUACCGCCCCACCCUCACCAGUCACUCUAUCCCCGUCCGAGGGCACCAAGGCAGGCUUCUUCAAGAUGGACACGAAGCGGAAGUUCUCUGAGGCCAUGCAGGAGCCUAUGUUCAGUAAGCCUAUCAGUAUGUUCAGUAAGAUCAUGGGGGAUGAGAAGGAGAAUGCAGCAGCAGGCAGCCCCAAGCACCAGAGAUCUACAGGGACUCCCUCAGCCGACUCCCCCAGCUCCAGAGGGGUCUGUGUGGGGAGGAUGGACAGCAUGGAGGUGGGUAACACAGAGUCUCCUUUGCGGAGCGCCAAGAGAACGGACGGUGGCUCUCCGCCGGUGUUUGACCGGCCAUGUGCCAGACAUCCCAGGAAGGGUCUGCCCACUAGAACAUGUUCUGUCCACAAUCACCACGAUAACAAACGAAACUACACGACAGAGGAACUGGAGAUCUGCACCUACGAUGAAGUCAUGCAGGUUGUGGCGGUCGAGAGACAUCAUCACAGUCGUCUGCGGAGAUUGCCUGGUUCUCUGAUCUCCUCAGGACCCCAUCAACCCACCUCUCUACCACCUCCACCACGCAUGGGGUUGUUCUGUGUGGCUGUGUUGUCAUACGCCUACUUCAUUCUCCCCCUGGGCACCUACAUGUCAGGCCUGGCUCUGGGCAUGGCCUUUGGCUUCCUGCUGGGGCUGCUGCUUCUUAGGCUGGGCUCAACCAGACAAACCGCUCAGCCACAUCCACACAGCGACGUUCAGGCCCUGACUGAGGCUGUUCAGCAGUCUGAUGCCCUCAGCACCAAAUCCGACGUCCUCAAGUCCCAGGGCUGGAUGAACGAGAUGUUUGAGUACGACCCAGAGACUUACCACCCGUCCCUUACCCACUCUGUGUUCGCCACCCUGGAGGGGCACUGCCUCCGCCUGGACUACCCCAGGAACAACAUCAGCCGUAGGGCCACCUAUGACGAAAAGCCCCCCGAGGCUGUGGUUGUCAGCUCACGCUGCUUCCAGCUACAAAACGGCAAGGUGUUCCUGCUGCCCUCUGUGCUAGCCCGUAAGAGGCUGUGGAAUCUGAAGUACCCUAUCUGCAUCGAGCUGGCAGAGGGAGAGCGGGUCAUGGAGGAGGAGAAGGGUAAAGAGGAGACCCCAGGAGAGGAGCAGGGGGGAGACCCGCAAACACGACCCACCACAACCCCCAAACCAGCAAACAGCGUCCCUACAACCCUAUACCUCUUUGGACGGACAGGAAGAGAGAAGGAGGAGUGGUUUCAUCACUUCCUGUCCUCGUCCAUGGUAAUGGAGAAGGAGAAGGAAAGGCCUGGCAGAUGUGUGACCAGAUCAGAUGUGCCAAUGGUGCAAGGGGUGAGCCCUUCAAGACGGUUCCAGGGCAGCAGGAUGGGGAGCACUGAAGAGGACCUCCCCUCUCCCCCUUCUACCCCCUCCAUCCAACCAUCCAGGGCGGGCUCUCCGCUGCUGGACUACCCCACCUACAUGGCUCGUUUCCUGGCCUCAGAGCAGCCCAGCCCCUUUCCCAGCCCACAUCUCAACAGCACAGAGACAAGCCCCACCAAAAAAUGCACCUGCGAGUUCCUGGGGGAGGGCCAGACUGACUGGGUCAAUGCCCUGAUUGGUCGAAUCUUCUUGGACUUCCUGCGUGAGAAAUACUGGGCGGACAUUGUCUCCAGAAAGAUCCAGAGAAAGCUGAGCAGAAUCAGACUGCCUUACUUCAUGAAUGAGCUGACUCUGACUGAACUGGACAUGGGCUCCUGUCUGCCCCAAAUCACCAGCGCAUCCAGGCCUGUGGUCAACAGCAGAGGCUUGUGGCUGGAGCUGGAGGUGGUGUACACCGGGGCCCUGCAGAUCACCCUGGAGACCAAGAUCAACCUGUCCAAACUGGGCAAGGAGGGAGGCCUGGACACAGACAGCCUCACUGAUACUGGCAGCCUGGGACCCGUCCUCAGUGUUCUGGCUGACAGUGAUGAGGAGUCCUCCAGCGCCGGCUCUUCUGACGAGGAGGAAGUAUUGCUCUCAGAGCCCCAAGGCAUUGUGGGAGAAAAGGGGACUCUACCUGGUCCUGAAGGGGUUUCUGCUGGUGGCGGGAAGACAGGCAGGCGGAUUUUGAGAUUUGUCGACAAAAUUGCAAAGUCUAAGUACUUCCAGAAGGCAACAGAGAAUGAGUUCAUCAAAAAGAAGAUUGAGGAGAUGUCCAACACGCCCCUGCUGCUGGCAGUGGAGGUUCAGGAGCUUUCUGGAACACUGGCUGUCAACAUCCCUCCUCCCCCUACUGAUAGAGUAUGGUACAGUUUCUGUGUACCUCCCAAGCUGGACCUGCGUGUCAGACCCAAGUUGGGGGAGAGGGAGGUCACCUUCUGUCACGUGACUGAGUGGAUUGAGAAGAAGCUGCAGGAUGAGUUCCAGAAAGUGUUUGUGCUGCCCAACAUGGAUGACAUCUACCUGCCUCUGAUGCAUUCUGGGAUGGACGGUCCUCCAGCGGCCCAGCAGCCCCAGCAGUGUCCGUCCCAGUCAUCAGACCACUCCUCCAUGGAGUCGAUUGAGAGGAUCUCCCAGGACAAUACUACUACAGAGUUGGACUAGUGCCUCCCUGUGGCCCAAUGACGCUAUGACACCCUUGAAGUUCUCAUAGCACCACAAGUGGAUGUGUCACCAAAUGUAGUGGGAUACUCUAUAUUACAGAACUUCAACCAACUUUAAGUGAUGCCUUUGGUCAAUGUUUACAUGUGAGGAACAGUAAUGAGGUGUGAGUUUCCUUGCUGUUUUAAUUGUUUACAGUUCAAUGUCCUUUUGAGCAGACAGUCUAUAUUUAAUACAUGAAAAUGAAAACAAUCAUUGAAUGACAUGACAUGAGGAAGUGUUUUUGUCAUGUUUUUAAUCAUUUGAG